AUGCUGCGCCAUCUCAUUUUUAGGCUGUCCAGAUCUUGUCUGUGUUGGUGCCCGUGUUGGUACACGGAAAUCGACGAAGCGCCACCUGACCCGUCGGGAACCAGUGCUACGACUCGCGACGAGCUCAGUAAACGCCGUCCGUCCGCAAAGAAUCCACCGGUUGCGGUGGCGACGACGUGCGCGGUGCUGCCUGCUGUCCCGCCAGAUCCGGAAAUGACCACCACAACGAUGCUCACUUCAUUGGACGUCAUCACGCCACCUAACGAGUGUCCAAGAAUCCAAAAGCAUGUCGAAGACUUCUCCUUACCGUCAUUCUACCCAGUCCUUGACGCCCUCAUGCGGUCCACGCGCGCAGCAUAUGAGACCAUUUCCACGCUCAAUGAAUGGUUAAUGAUAGUAACCGAACUUCAUUGUUUUGACACUCAAAUCUUGAACCAUCCAUCUGCGUUGCUCGUCGGCGAAGACCGACGCCACUGGAUCGUCGGAAUCGGACGUUACCCUAUCGCUAGCGCCCUCACCGCUGCUGCCACCGCUCGAGCGAACGAGGACAUCGGAACCAAACCGACAAACUUUGCCGCUGCAUUGCCAUCACCUUUAGUCACACAAAGUGCUCCGAAUACACCAAUAUCACAUCGUAUGGCGAGACACGACGCAAACGGAAAUUCAGAAGCAUCGUGUGUUGUAGCAUCGCCUGGGAAGCCUCUCAACAAUAACUACUAUAGGGCUGGAAUUGGUACUCUAUAUGAGGGUAUUUUCUCAUGCUUCCGUCCGGUAUGGGGCUACUUUGGACGUAGCAACAACGACUUAGUUAAAUCGAUAGAGGACGACUGGGAAAUUCCGUUCGAAGCAAUCACAGGUCUGGAAUGGCUUGGCGCCGGGUCUCAGGGUGCAGUUUUUAGAGGCUGUCUCAACGGUCAAACGGUGGCAGUGAAAAAAGUUAAACUGAAAGAGGAAACCGAGAUCAAACAUUUACGCCACUUAAAUCACCCGAAUAUCAUAAAAUUUAUUGGUGUAUGCACUCAAGCUCCGUGCUACUGCCUAGUUAUGGAAUACUGUCCCAACGGUCAGUUAGGUGACAUAUUAAAGUCGGACAGGGUCAUUGGAUGGGAAGAAUGGUGUUCGUGGAGCCGACAAAUCGCCGAAGGAAUGGAAUAUUUGCACAAGAACAAAGUAAUUCAUCGUGAUUUGAAGAGUCCAAAUAUCCUGUUCGAUGAAGAGGGAGUGGUGAAGAUCUGCGAUUUUGGCACGUCGCAUCAGCAGAAGAAGCAGAACAGUACGGUGAUGUCAUUUUGCGGCACAGUCAGCUGGAUGGCGCCAGAAGUGAUCAAGAAACAGCCCUGCUGUGAAAAGGUUAGAGUGAUUUUC